AUGGCUUCCUCUGAUUUCGAUGGAAUUAUCUUGGGAAUGGGUAACCCACUCCUCGACGUCUCUGCCGUCGUCGACCAGGAGUUUCUCGACAAAUACGAGAUCAAGUUGAACAAUGCUAUUCUCGCAGAGGACAAACAUUUGCCCAUGUACGAUGAGAUGAGCAAGAAGUUCAGUGUCGAAUACAUUGCUGGAGGUUCUACCCAGAACUCAAUCAAAGUGGCUCAGUGGAUGCUUCAAAUUCCUGGGGCAACCAGUUUCAUGGGAUCCAUUGGAAAGGACAAAUACGGAGAGGCAAUGAAGAAGGAUGCUACAGCUGCUGGUGUCAAUGUCCAUUAUUAUGAAGAUGAGUCAAUCGCUACUGGAACUUGUGGUGUCUGUGUUAUGGGUGGAGAAAGGUCGCUUAUUGCGAAUCUUUCUGCUGCAAAUUGCUACAAGGUUGAACACCUAAAGAAGCCUGAGAACUGGGCUCUUGUUGAGAAGGCCAAGUUCUACUACAUUGCUGGAUUCUUCCUAACGGUAUCACCAGAAUCCAUUCAGCUGGUUCGUGAACAUGCCGCUGCUAACAACAAGGUGUUCACAAUGAACCUUUCUGCUCCAUUCAUCUGUGAAUUCUUCAAAGACGUUCAAGAGAAAUGCAUUCCGUACAUGGACUAUGUUUUUGGCAAUGAGACCGAGGCAAGAACCUUCUCCAGGGUUCACGGCUGGGAGACGGAUGAUGUUGAGCAAAUAGCCAUCAAGAUCUCCCAGUUGCCUAAAGCCACCGGAACAUACAAGAGGACCACUGUGAUUACACAGGGUGCAGACCCCGUGGUUGUUGCCGAAGAUGGAAAGGUGAAGAAGUACCCAGUCAUCCUUCUCCCCAAGGAGAAACUCGUUGACACCAACGGCGCAGGAGAUGCGUUUGUUGGAGGUUUUCUUGCGCAGCUGGUUCACGGAAAGACGAUUGAGGAGUGCGUGAGGGCGGGAUGUUACGCUUCUAACGUAGUGAUCCAGAGAUCUGGCUGCACUUACCCUGAGAAGCCAGCCUUCAACUAA